UGUGCCCUCCUAGAGCCUCCGGACUUCCGCUAGUCCGUGGAGCCGCCAAGGCCUUAUCGUUUCCUCCAAGAGCCCGGCCCACUGGGCCGGAGCUGCUUUCUGGACGGCCGCGUAGGUGGGGUGGACCUGUGCCUCUUGGGGCAUUAACAGGUCUCCAGUGUUUUGCAGAGAAACUAGUCCAGUCCAGGCAGCUGGGGAUCUAGCGUGACCAUCUUGCACAUCCGUAAAUCACAAGUAUGGAUUUUAACUGCUCUGACUGAUGUGUGGACCAAACAUUUUUCACGUGCUUCCUAACUGCCCAGUGCUCUGCUUCUACUCCCAUUCCUCUUACUGAAGUGAAUUCUUGGGCUUAGAGACGACAUUCCCUUAGACUUCCAGAAGGUGGAGCAAGGAAAUGGACUCACUGAUAAUUGAGGAUGUUGCCGUGGUCUUUAGCCAGGAAGAGUGGGCUUUGCUGGAUCUUGCUCAGAGGAAACUCUACAGAGAGGUGAUGAUGGAAACUUUCAGAAACCUGGCCUUAGUAGUCUCUCAAAACCUUAAUAAUGGAGAGAAGUUAUCCACUGAACAUAUAAUAGUGCGAUUCAUGAAGAAUGACUCCUGGUCUUCCAUGUUAGGAGAAAUCUCAGAAUCACAUGGCAGUAAAGAUCGGCAUAAAAAUCAGAGGAGACAUUUGAGAAGUCAUACAGUAAAGAACCUCUGCGAAACUAAUAAAGGCAAUCAGUGUGGGAAAACCUUCAGCCACAUUCCAAAUCUUACUGUGCUGAAAAGAAAUCCCCCAGAAGUACAUCGUUUUGAAUGCUGUGAGUGUGGGAAAGACUUCAUGGAUCAUUCAUCACAUAGCCAGCCUACUAUAUCUCACAAUAGAUCCAGUACCUGUCAGUGUAAGAAAUGUGGAGAAGCCUGCAAUUGUCCCACUCAUCCAACCUCUUCCAUGAGAACUCUUACUGGAAGGAAACUUAAAAAAUGUAAGGUAUGUGGAAAGGAUGUCAUUUGUAUCUUAGCGCUUAAGAAUUCUGUGACAACACUCACUAGUGACAAAUGCUAUGAAUGUAAUGAAUGUGGGAAAAAUUUCUUUAGUUUCUCAUGCUUUUGGACACAUAUGAGAGGUCAUAGAAGUGAAUGUAAAGAAUGUUGUAAAACCUGUGAUCUUCCUUCCUCCCUUAUUUUACAUAAAAUAUUUUAUAACAGAGAUAUGCUUUAUAAAUGUAAGGAAUGUGGGAAAACCUUUAGUGACGCCUCAUCCUUCAGUAGACAUAGAAGAACUCAUAGUGCAGAGAAGCCUUAUGAAUGUAAGGAAUGUGGGAAAACAUUUAGUCUGGCCUUAUACCUCAAUAGACAUAGAAGAACUCACAGCGGAGAGAAACCUUAUGAAUGUAAGAAAUGUGGAAAAGCCUUUAGUCAGACCUCAUGCCUCACUAGACAUAAAAGAACUCACAGUGGAAAGAAACCUUAUGAAUGUAAGGAAUGUGGGAAAACCUUUAGUCAGACCUCAGGCCUCGCUGGACAUAAAAGAACUCACAGUGGAGAGAAACCUUACGAAUGUAAGCAGUGUGGGAAAGCCUUUAGUCAGACCUCAUGCCUCACAAGACAUGAAAGAACUCACAGUGGAGUGAAACCUUAUGAAUGUAAGGAAUGUGGGAAAACCUUUAGUUGUUCCUCAGUCCUCACUCAUCAUAUAAGAUCUCACAGUGGAGAGAGACCUUAUGAAUGUAAGGAAUGCGGGAAAGCCUUUAGUUGUUCCUCACACCUUACUGCACAUACAAGAACUCACAGUGGAGAGAGGCCUUAUGAAUGUAGGGAAUGUGGGAAAGCCUUUAGUUCUUCCUCAAACCUUACUCAACAUAUAAGAACUCACAGUGGAGAGAGGCCUUACGAAUGUAAGGAAUGUGGGAAAACCUUUAGUGAGUCCUCAUCCCGCAAUCGACAUAUAAGAACUACAGUGGAGAGAGGCCUUAUAAAUGUAAGGAAUGUGGGAAAGCCUUUUGUCGUUCCUCACACCUCACUAGACAUACAGGAACUCACAUUUGAGAGGCAUUAUGAAUGUAAGGAACGUUAGGAGGCCUUUAGUCAUUCCUCGCACCUUCAUUAUAUCAGAACACAGUGGAGAGACUGUCAAAAGUGGGAUGUUUCAUUUUUACUGGUAUAGUUUCAAACAACAAAUUUUCCCAAAGUCUGAGAUUAAAGAACAAA